AUGAUUUUUCCCCCUGAACAACUGAUGUAAAAAAAAGUGUAUUCAACCAAGGGAAAAAACUAAAUAGGGUUAGCAAAACAACCCAGUUCAAUUUCAAUUCCUGAGUAAAUUGAGCACAGUGCAGAGAGUAAAGAUCAUUUGCACACCCUGUUGAUUAGCGCAAGAGACACGGAGGCGAGCUCGUGCCACGUUCUGCUCGAAAACGAGUGUCUGAUUUCUCAGUUGAGAUUCAUGUCUCAACCAAGUGUAAGAACCAAAGUGGCAUAAUCGCAUAUUUAUUUAUUUUUUUCCUUUACACGCUCGGUAUCUGCUGUCCAUAUCGGCGUCAGGGCUGGCUGUCGCCUUUGUGCAGGCAGCGUCCUGCAUUCUGCGGAGGGGGGCACAGUUUCAGUGAGCGCAAAUAAUCAAAUAAUGGCAGAGAAAUGAGAAGGAAAACAAAAGCCAAGCGUGUUCUGGACUACGAAAAUGAGGAACAGGACGAGAAAGAGGAACAAAAACUGGACGAAAUCUACAGUAAUUAGAAUGACACGAGCCGCCUGUCCGACAGCACGGGCUGCAGAAACGGAGGAAACAAAUGGAUGCUGCCAAACAGCGACCUGAGGAGAAUUCAGGAGCAGCAGCACCAGCAGCCGCGGGGCUCCAGAAGUUGGACACGAGGGGUUAUGCGUUCGACUGCUCUCCUACAGGCAGUUUUGAUGAGGGACAUCCCACCACAGAGCAGGAGGCUGAGUAUUUGCAGUCUUACUCGAAGAUGGAACUAAUAGCCAUGGUUCUAUGCAUGCAGCGUGAAAUGGAGAGCUUAAAGGAACAACUACGGUGCCUUACAGCAUGUGGAAAGUUGGCUAAAAACCUAGAGGCUCUGAUCGAGAGGACGCAGACGUGGCCGAAUGGAGAUAAGAAGACAUCGCUCCCUCCUUCCUCCAGCCCCAUGUCCGGGCCUGUGGAAAUGGAUGCUUUAAUGCCCGCUAUGCCAUAUGCCUCAGGUGUUAUGAAUGGGCAAUGGGUCAAACAGGAAACUGUUAACCAGAAACCUAAUGAGACUUCCCACAAGAAUGGUCUCUUUACAGAGUUUAUAACACCUGAGCUUUUGGAGAGGUGCAACACUGGUACCACUGCUCAGAAGUUGACCAAUGAUCUGUUGCGUGGACUUUAUGAAAGAGACUGUCUGGCCUCUCACUCAAUCUCUGGUGUGGUGUAUAAUAAGAGGGGUCAACCCAAACCUGCCCUGCCAACUGAAGAGGUGCAGGCCAUCCUGAGAACUGUCCAGUAUUUUUUUCCUGGAAAAACGGAUGCAGAGAUUAAGGGCUACAUUCGUCAAAAGCUGCAAAACGAAGCAAAAAGAUUGAGGAAAAAACCUCCACUCUCUGGUCCUGAACCUAGAGCUCUGAGUCUAUCCAGCCCAAGAUCAAGUCAGUUGGAUUUAAUUGUACAAAAAUCAAAUGUUUGAUUAGAAUGAGUUUAAGGGCUUCUAAUUAGUACAAAUUAAAUGUUAAUUAUUUUGUUUGGACUGUGCUGAAAAAUGUUAUGAUCACUUGCAAUAGCUACUCAUUGUUGUGGCAGCAUCAAUGCCAAAUGUGAAUAAAAGCACUUGAAUUUAGUUCAGAUGGUCUCCAACUAUUAAGAACACACUCAGUAAUAAGAUUAGAUAUGAAUGUAAGUCAAACUGUAAACAUUUUUCAUGUUUUGUAUUUAACUGCUGUGUAGUAGCUACACUGCACAAUAAAGUGUGAACAUUA